GAAAUGGCAGCCGUCGGCAGAUGGCCCAUGCUGCUUUUGCUGGUCACAACGCAGGUCGUUAUUAACGCAGAGAAUCCAAUUGAGUCCACGCCCAGCGUCGAAGAGGAUUACAAUGGGAGCACAACUUCGGGUCCGCCGCUCGAAGAGACCACCGAUCGCUCGGCUGCCCGGGUGGAACCCUAUAAGCAGGGCACUCCGGAGCAGUACGAUGUAAUCGAUGUCUUGGCCUCCACGGGCACGGCGGUGGGUCGGCCCAAGAGCGGCCAGACCACCAGGAUCUACACCACCGGCGAGGUGGACGAGAGCUUCUGGCUGAAGCACCUGGGCGAUGACUUCAAGCAUGCCAUCCAUCUGCAGGUGGGCGGCACCAACGAGGAGUACAAUCGUCUGGUUAACCAGACCCAGAAUGGAGUCCACGAGGAGGUGCAUCAUGAGUACUUGCCGGGUGCCGAGCGACCCGGCGGUGGAGCUGCCGCGCCUCAGCAAUCUCGACCAGCCUAUCGGCAGGGCUUCGACAGCCGAGCCAUGACCAUGAAACAGCAGUAUCUCAGCCAACAGCAGCGGGCACAUCCUCCCCAGCAGCGCUAUAACUACGCCCAACAACACGCACAACACUAUGCACCACGACCACACCCACAAAGCCACACCCACCAAUAUCCACAACAACAAACACUGCAGCACAGAAACACCUACAAGGCAAAGCCCCAGAGUUAUAUCAUCAACUCUAGCGAGGAUCAGCUGCACGCCGCCCAAUCCAAUCCACCGGCAGUGCGAACCGCUGGCGAGGAUCGACCUAAUCACGACGAGGAGGUCGACUCCUUUGGCGGCCAGCUCAACUUUAAGUCGCCCUUCAACGACUACGGCAGUCGACCCACCCGAGAUCUCACCUACCUUCUCUACAAACGGGGUCUCUGAAAAUAUAUGUAUAGCAAAAAGACUUGCGGUCUUCCGUCCAUUGAGUUCUAUAAAUGGGCCUGAGCCACACCCACCCAAAAAAACACACACUUUACACACAAAACAACACAACACAAACCACACAAACACUGAGAUUAAGGAAAUUACUACAAGAAUAAAACGAAAAAUACAAACAAA